ACGAUGCUGUGUGCGUUUGACUGGGAUCGAGAAUGUUGAUACUGAUUGUUUGAGUUAAAGGGAAGCGUCGUUAAAGAGUCGGAAGGAUAGCUAGGCAGCAAGACACAGACUGCUGAGCUGAUACCGUUAAGGUUUGACCCGGUUACAACCGAGCGACCCAUCAUUUCUUCGCUUUGGGAUCGGACAACCACGAUGACCCAGCCUCGGCCCGACGAGUUCAUUCCACCCCCGGAAUGCCCAGUCUUCGAGCCUAGCUGGGAAGAAUUUGCCGACCCUUUUGCUUUUAUCAACAAAAUACGGCCUAUAGCGGAGAAAACGGGCAUAUGCAAGGUCCGACCGCCACCGGACUGGCAGCCUCCAUUUGCUUGCGAUGUGGACAAGCUGCAUUUCACCCCGCGAAUACAGAGACUCAACGAACUGGAGGCUCAGACUAGAGUCAAACUGAACUUCCUGGAUCAGAUUGCCAAAUUCUGGGAGCUACAGGGAUGCACACUUAAAAUUCCUCAUGUGGAGCGGAAAAUCCUGGAUCUCUAUCAGCUGAACAAGCUGGUGGCGGACGAAGGUGGCUUCGACUUGGUUUGUCGAGAGAGACGGUGGACGAAGAUCGCCCUGAGGAUGGGCUUUGCUCCUGGCAAGGCCGUGGGCUCGCAUCUGCGUGCUCACUAUGAGAGGAUCCUGUAUCCUUACAACCUGUUCCAGUCCGGAGCCAACCUUCUGGCACCUGAGGUAUCCUCCAAACUGAUGAGUUUAAUGGCCGCUCCAGAUCUGGAAAAGUGUGUCCAGAAGCCUGGUCUGCCCGGCGACAGCGGGGACAGGGAAUACAAGCCUCAUGACCUGGCCCAGAGACAGUGUGUGCAGCCCAGCGAGAGCUGCACCCUCGCCCGUCGAGCCAAGCGCAUGAGAGCCGAGGGGGGCUGUGUGAAGGCCGAGCCGGGCGAGCCGAGUGAGAACAGGCCCAACCUGCGCAGGAGGAUGGGCUCAUUCGUGGCCAAGCCGGAGCCGGAGAAAGAGAUUCCCGUUCAGGUGAAGCAGGAGGCAGUGGAGAGUAAGGACCUGAUGACCGAAGCGGACAAAGCCAAGCUGCGCUCUAAGAGAAACGCCCCUGUCGUGGACCUGUACGUGUGUCUGGUGUGCGGCAGUGGCAGCGACGAGGACCGCCUCCUCCUGUGUGACGGCUGCGAUGACAGCUACCACACCUUCUGUCUGAUCCCGCCCCUCCAGGAGGUCCCCAAGGGAGACUGGAGGUGCCCCAGAUGUUUGGCUCAGGAGUGCAGCAAGCCCCAGGAGGCCUUUGGCUUUGAGCAGGCGUAUAGAGACUACUCUCUGCGUGCAUUUGGAGAGAUGGCAGACUCCUUCAAAUCCGAUUACUUCAAUAUGCCAGUCCACAUGGUCCCCACAGAGCUGGUAGAGAAGGAGUUCUGGCGGCUGGUGAGCACUAUCGAGGAGGACGUGACUGUGGAGUACGGCGCUGACAUCGCGUCUAAGGAGUUCGGCAGCGGCUUCCCCAUCAGGAACGGGCGCUUUAAAGUGGCCCCGCAGGACGAGCCCUACCUGAGCUGUGGCUGGAACCUGAACAACUGCCUGAUGGACCCUCUCUGCACAGAAUUGGCUGAUCGUGUCAUGUUUGCGAGCAGAAAUGAGUGUAAGCGUUGCGCCUCCUCCAGGGGCGAGCCGAAGACCUGGUACGGGGCCCCGGGGGCCGCUGCCGAGCAGCUGGAGGAGGUGAUGAAGAAGCUGGCCCCCGAGCUCUUCCUCGCGCAGCCCGACCUCCUGCACCAGCUGGUCACCAUCAUGAACCCCAACACGCUGAUGGCUCACGGAGUGCCGAUUUACAGAACCAACCAGUGUGCUGGAGAGUUUGUCAUCACCUUCCCCAGAGCCUAUCACAGCGGCUUCAACCAGGGCUUCAACUUCGCAGAGGCAGUGAACUUCUGCACCGUUGACUGGAUGCCCCUGGGCCGGCAGUGUGUGGAUCACUACCGGCUGCUGCACAGGUACUGCGUCUUCUCCCACGACGAGCUCAUCUGCAAGAUGGCGGCCAAGGCCGGCUCGCUGGACGUGGUCCUGGCGUCCGCGGUUCAGAAGGACAUGAUCACCAUGAUCCAGGAGGAGAAGGAGCUGCGUGACAAAGCCCGCAAGAUGGGGGUGGUGCACUGUGAGCAGGCAGAAUACGAUCUCCUGCAGGAUGACGAGAGGCAGUGUGCCAGGUGCAAGACCACCUGCUACCUGUCAGCCCUCACCUGUCCCUGCAGCCCUGGCAUGCUGGUGUGUCUGCACCACAGCGCGGACCUCUGCUCCUGCCCCAUGUUCAACUACACACUGAACUAUAGGUUUACAUUGGAUGACCUGUACCCCAUGAUGAACGCAGUGAAGCAGCGCGCAGAGUCCUAUGACCAAUGGGCCUCCAAAGUGACUGAGAUCCUGGAGGCCAAACUGGACAAGAAGAGAAGCCUAGCUGUGUUCCGCUCUCUCAUCGAGGAGUCGGAGACGAAGACGUUCCCGGACAAUGACCUCCUGCGCCACCUCCGCCUGGUGACCCAGGAUGCAGAGAAGUGCUCUUCUGUGGCCCAGCAGCUUCUGAACGGCAAGAGGCAAACCAGGUAUCGCACUUGUGGAGGGAAGUCUCAGAACCAGCUGACUGUGGAGGAACUGAAGUCGUUUGUCAGGCAGCUGUACAACCUGCCCUGCAGCAUCAGCCAGGCCCCCCUGCUCAAGGAGCUGCUGAACCGGGCGGAGGACUUCCAGCAGCACAGCGAGAAGGUGCUGAAGGAGGAGGCCCCGAGCGUGGCGGAGCUGCAGGGGCUGCUGGAGGGCAGCGCGCAGCUGGACGUGCAGCUGCCAGAGCUGCCGCGGCUGCGGGAGCGGCUGGAGCAGGCGCGCUGGCUGGAGGCGGCGGCGCAGGCCGGAGCCCGCCCCGCCAGCCUGUCCCUGGACACCAUGCGCCGCCUCAUCGACCAGGGCGUGGGCCUCGCCCCCCACCCCUCCGUGGAGCGCGCCAUGGCCCGGCUGCAGGAGCUGCUCACCGUGUCCGAGCACAUGGAGGACCGCGCCCAGAACCUGCUGAAGGCCAGGCCUCCUCACUGUGUGGAGACUCUGGCAGCGGCCGUGCAGGAGGUUGACAGCAUCCCCGCGUACCUGCCCACCUGCCUCCUGCUCCAGGACUGUAUCACCCAGGCCAGGGAGUGGCUACAGGAGGCCGAGGCACUGCAGCUGGGCGGGCGGAUCCCGGUGCUGGACGCCCUCUCGGACCUGGUUCUGCGCGGCCGGGCCAUCCCCGUGCAGCUGGACCCCCUGGCCCGGCUGGAGGCACUGGUGUCCGAGGUGCAGGCCUGGAAAGAGAGCACGGCGAAGACCUUCCUGCUGAAGAACUCUCCCUACUCCCUGCUGGAGGUGCUGUGCCCCAGGUGUGAGGUGGGAGCAGGGAGUCCGAGGAGGAAGGCCAAGAAGAUGAAGGACGCGGCUCAGAACGGCAGGAAGAGGCCGGCGAAGCUGGACUGCCUGAGUGACGUGGAGUGGGCCCUGUCAGAAAGCAGGGACUCCGCUUCUGCCAUGGCCACUCUGGCUGAAGUUCGGCUGAAGGAGAUGGAGGCGCUCUCCGCCCUGCGCGCCUCCAACGAGUCCAAGCUGCUGCCGGCGGCCGACUGCGCAGACCUGCAGGUGUGCGUGUGCCAGCGCCCCCCGGCGGCGGCCAUGCUGCAGUGCGAGCUGUGCCGCGACGCCUUCCACAGCGGCUGCGUGGCGGGGCCGGAGGACGGCGUCGACGCCCAGGCCUGGCUGUGCCCGCUCUGCCGGCGUUCGGAGAAGCCGCCGCUGGACCGGGUGCUGCCGCUGCUGGCCGCGCUGCAGCGCAUCCGCGUGCGGCUGCCCGAGGGCGACGCCCUGCGCUACCUGAUCGAGCGCACCGUCAGCUGGCAGCGCCGCGCCCGCCGAGUCUCCUCCUCCUGCACGCGCCCCCCGCCUCUCAGCCGCUGGGCGCCCGCCGGCCCUGCCGCCGACGCUAGCGGGAAGGUGCACUCCCCAGGAUCGGCUUCAUGCCAGGCUCCGGAGUGGAACAGGGCGGGCCAAUCGCAGACAACCUUCUACACUCAGCAGCGAUGCAUUCCGCUUCAAGGCCUGAGUGCAGAGCUGGAGGAGCUGAUGGUGGAAGGGCUGCUGCUGCAGGUCUCUCUGCCUGAGACCCAGCAGCUGUACCACAUCCUACUGAACGGCCUGGCCUCGACCCCGGAGGGCUGUGCUUCUCCACAGCUGCAGGGCGCGGACCUCGACCAGCACAAGCAGUGCAGCUCUCAGGGAAGAGUUCCGCCGCAGGAUGAGGAUGGGGUUUCCGGCCUGAAGAAGGAAGUUGUAAACGGGACCGAAAAAAAGGCCAAACGGAGGCUGGAGAGGGAGCGGAGGGAUCGGGCAAAAAAGCCGCAAAAGAAGAAGCCCAAACUGAACCAGGAGAAAAGCCAGGAGAGCGUGACCGCCACCUCCUCCGUACUGUCAGGCUCCUCCCCCUCCGUACUGUCAGACUCCUCCCCCUCGGAGGAUUCGGAAGAGGACAUGGCGCUCUGUCCGGCAGAGAGAUGCCAGCAGCCUGAGGGAGAUGAGGUGGACUGGGUCCAGUGUGACGGCAGCUGUAACCAGUGGUUCCACCAGGUGUGCGUGGGCGUGACUCCCGAGCUGGCUGAGCAGGAGGACUAUAUUUGCGUCAGCUGUACUGUAAAAGAUGGCCACGUGCGAAAAUGAGGAGAGGAAGGUUUGGAAGAAGACUGGGGGAUGCCAGUUUUUUUUGUGUUCUUCUUGAAAAGCCACAGCUCUGGGUGUGUAACUGACCCCGCCCCCUAAUGUCCUGACCCCGCCCUCAUGUCCUGACCCUGUCCACAGCCCCGCCCCCUUCCUUCCCUUUUGUAACAACGGUGCUACUUCUUCCUUAUGGGAUCGUUUUCCAGAAUUUAUUAGACUGUUUGGUCACUUUUUUGUAUUGAUUUCCCCCCCCCUCCUAUGAACUGUUUUGUGGUUGUCUUAAAACAUGGCAGGAUUUGGAGUGUGCUGCAGGGGUUUCCAGCACAUUGGCGCAGGAGAGUGUCUACAGACGAAGCACCUUGUGAAAAAGGAAAAAAGAAAA